CAUCAGUUUUUGUAUUUCCUACAAAAUAUUCAAAUAUUAGUAUUUUAGUUUUCAUGUAGAAUCACACAGUCCAGUCAGCAGUUUGCUUGCUUGUACCAUCGGUUGCAGGGUUACCCAUACAUAUAUUCUUUUUUUUACAAGCAUGAGUCAAGUAAUGAUGUCAGUUUAGAAAGAUAUAAACAAGUAAUAUGUACAUGUGUGGGUUAUACCCCUUCUCCAAUUUAUACAUGAUCCAACACACUGCGAAGAUUUACAUUAGUGAAAGAAAGUGUUGGAAGGGAACAUUCAAAGAAAUAUCAAAGUCAGUCAAACUUAAACCAUCUACUGGUUAACAUGGUCGAUCAUCUAAAUAAAUUCUAUCAACAAUAAACUUGACAAUAUUUUUAGAACAUGAGGAACUUAAUUAAAAAAUUAACAUUUUUGAAUCGAUUGAUAAACAAGUGUCGACAAAGAAAUAAAUUCAUUUUAGUGAAUUAAUUAUAAUAUUGGUUGAUUAAAAAAUGUAUGCAGCUCCUUAUGCAAUUUUAUAAGAGUAUAGUAUUCAAGAUUUGAGUAUUAAACAGUGUGAAAACUGAGAUUAUUAUAAAUAAAUUUAGUAUAUAGACAAAAUGUCUUAUCCACAAAGAAUGAUCAGACAAAUAUCAGAAAUUUCCUAUGUGGGAAGUUUCAAGUUGAUUAGAAUGGCGACCAAUCAAGAAGGAGAGACCGGAAUAACUAUUCCUUUACAAUAUAAUGAUAGGCAUUGGAAAGGUAUCUUUGAAAAAUAUGACCUAGAUGGUGAUGGUAAGAUCUCGUAUCAGGAAUUGAAGGCUAUGAUACGAGGUUCUGCAUAUACCAAUGAUAUUCCAACCAACGUAGUUCAUAUAAUAAUGCGUAAAGCAGAUUUGGAUGAUUCUGGGUAUUUGGAAUAUCCAGAAUUCAUUGCUAUGAUUCAUAGAAAAGAUAUGCAAGGAGUUUUUGGUCAUCUUGUACAACGUUAUGUACAUUCGAUGGUACCUCAAAGACCAACUGCUGCACAGUAUUCUCAAACCUCUGCAGAUUAUACAGAUGGACAGUAUGAAGAGGAAUAUAGUUGUAGGCCACCAGCAAUUGCGAUGAUAACCAUAUCGAUAAUAGAGAUUAUAUUAUUUUUGUACGACGUUAUAGAACAUAAGUCACUUUCUAUGGAUGGUCCAGCAGCUACUUUAUUUAUUUAUAAUCCGCACAAAAGAUACCAAGCUUGGAGGUAUAUGACAUAUAUGUUUGUACACGUUGGAAUUCUUCACUUGGUCGUUAACUUGUUCGUUCAAAUAAUGCUGGGUAUACCGCUGGAAAUGGUUCAUAAAUGGUGGAGAGUAUUAAUCAUCUACAUAGCUGGAGUGAUAGCUGGAUCUCUUGGAACAUCGGUUUCAGAUCCUACUGUUUAUUUAGCAGGAGCAUCUGGUGGUGUAUACGCACUAAUUACUGCACACGUAGCAACAAUAUUGAUGAAUUGGUCGGAAAUGGAAUUUGCUGGUCUUCAGUCAAUAGUGUUCCUAGUUAUAGCUGUAGUUGACAUUGGUCAAGCAAUAUACAGCCGUUAUGUCGAAGUAGAUGUAGAUAAUCAAAUUGGUUACGUAGCUCAUUUGGCUGGUGCCUUAGCUGGACUUCUUGUCGGUAUUAAUGUCCUUCGUAAUCUUGAAGUUAGAACUUGGGAAAAGGUUGUUUGGUGGGUCAGUAUUGUUACAUAUACAAUUCUCAUGACGGCAGCUAUUUUGUGGAAUAUUUUAUAUCCUUCGUAUUAUUCGUAAUAGUUACAAAAAAUAGAUUAUAAUGUUCGUUUUUUAUUUUUU